UGUAGAGUAGGCAUUUUGGCGACACGAAUCAGGUCCUUUUUGGCUUUCAGUUUGUUCACGCAAUAACUCUUGAUAUUUUCCCGCAAAACAUUCGAACAAGGCAGAAGAAAGGAGAAGAGAAGAGAAAUGGCGAAAGACAGGAGGAUCGGGGUGGCCAUGGAUUUCUCCAAGAGCAGCAAGGCGGCGUUGCAGUGGUCCAUUGAUAAUCUGGCAGAUAAAGGCGACAUUUUCUAUAUUCUACACGUCAAACACCAUUCCCUCAGCGAGUCUCUUCACCAACUGUGGUCGGAAUCCGGUUCUCCUCUGAUUCCAUUGGCGGAGUUUCGCGAGCCACAAGUCAUGAACAAGUACGGUGUUCCGAUAGACAUUGAAGUUCUCGACACCCUCGAUACUGCUGCCAGGCAGAAAGAGAUAAAAGUGGUGACAAAAUUGUACUGGGGAGACGCGAGAGAGAAGCUAUGUGAAGCUGUUGAAGAUCUGAAGUUGGAUUCUUUGGUUAUGGGCAGCAGAGGCCUUACUACCAUACAGAGGAUAAUUUUGGGGAGCGUCACUAGCUAUGUGAUGGCGCAUGCAGCCUGCCCUGUUACCAUAGUAAAGGAUCCCAACUUUUACAAGAAGAGCUGAUCCAGAAACGUUGUCUCAACUCAUGAUGUUGUCUCUCACUAAGUUGCAAUAUUUUCAUACUUGGCCAUUUGUGAGUGAAUGUUAGGACGUUUAAUUGUUAUCCUGUACCAUAUACAAUAUUCAGAAUUCAUUACGGCGACUUUCUUGUGUGCUGGGUUGCAGUUUUUGAGAAGCAAAGGGAACUUGUCCCUCAGAUCUUUUUCUAUGCAUUAGUAACUCUGCCUUUUUCACUUUCCAGCUAAAUGGGCUGCUCCAUCCGAGUGUGACCCUUAUGAUAAAGAUGUAUUCAUAUCACUGUUUGCUCUGGCCCAGGUUUGCCUUUCGAUGGCCCACCAAAUUCCUCAACGCACGUUCAUUCUGAUGAGCUCGGCCCAUGCUGGAUGGGUUAAAUGGCCCAUUAUGGUGCUUAGCAGUAUGUUACAAUUGGGCGUUUGUGUAAAUUAUUCUUCACUCCUUUCCA